UGUCGUUCAUAACAAAAGAAAAUCUCCUCACGUUCGGACGUGGAAUUGUCGGUGUUAAAUAUAUAAUAUUCAUUUCUUAUUCUUCUCUUUAUACUCGUGUAUUUGUGCAACUUAUUUCAAUUGAGUGAAUUACUAAAAAUUUUAAACUAGUUCAACUCGGUUAUUGGUCUUUUGUGAAAACCGCCUGAAGUUUAUUUAAAAAAAAUAACAUUUCUUUUUUGUUUCGUUCAUUUCAUUGUGUGCAUACAUUUUUCAAGUGGAUUUAAUUGAAUUUCAUGUUCGCUAAACGCGUUUAUUGUGUGGAUGAUUGUGCCAAUCAAACGGAUUAAAUUGAAAAUGUGAUGAGUGCAGUGCAUUUUAUUCUAGUUUUAUGUUUAUUUUGUGACAUUGUUUUGAAUUUUGAAUAAUAUUUGAAGUUUUAUUUCUAAAAAAUUGGAAAUCUUUGUUCACACUUAAUUUGUGAAUCAAUUUUUGAAGUGGAUUUUUCUUUUCAAACGAUGCUAAAUGAAUCGAACCGAUAAAAGAGAAAGAUUUUAAAAGAAGAAAAAGUGUGAUUUAUUGAUUUCCCUUGCUCAAAAUUUCGAUUGAUAGUACGCGUUGUGUGGCGCGUUUAAAAAAGUAUUUUAGUGAAUAAUGAGUUCAUUUCUAAUGGGCUAUCCACAUCACAUUCAGACUCCAAUGCACGGUGGUUCGUCCAUCGAUCCAAAAUUUCCACCAAACACCGAUGAUUAUCACACACAUCAUCACCAUAAUCAUUUGCAUCACAAUGGUUAUGGACACAAUGGAAAUUCAAUGGGCAGUAGUAUGCCACCGUUGCAAUCGAACAAUGAUUAUAGCAAUGGAAUGCAUCAAAGUGUUUCGAAUGGCAUGCAUCCGAACACAACAACCAAUUACAAUUAUCCGCCAACGAUUAGCGGACACUUCUAUCAACAAAGCUACAAUUCGCAAAUGCAUCAUGUGCCUGCACCACCGCCAACAACAAACAACUCAUAUUCCUCGUCAAAUCUUAACGGAUACUAUGGAUCGUAUUAUGGAUCAAAUGGUAAUCAAAUGAUGGACUUACCAUUGCAAUGUCCAAGUUCAGAACCAACCAAUACUGUUCUCGGACUACAAGAGUUGGGUUUAAGACUGGAAAAGCGGAUAGAAGAAGCCGUGCCGGCGGGACAACAAUUACAAGAACUUGGCAUGCGACUACGAUGUGAUGACUCUGGUUCGGAUAAUGAUGAUUUGCUUGAUGAGGAUCGGUUAAUGUUGGAUCGUUCACCGGACGAAAUGGGCUCACAUGGCAAUGACAUGGAUGAAUUGUGCGGAUCCGACUCCGAUUUAGACGAUGAUGCCAAUGAAACAACCACCGAUGGUGAACGAGUCAUUUACCCAUGGAUGAAGAAAAUUCAUGUGGCCGGUGUUGCAAAAGGUCAAUAUCAACCGGGCAUGGAACCGAAACGUCAACGAACCGCCUACACACGCCAUCAAAUUCUCGAAUUGGAAAAGGAAUUCCAUUUCAAUAAAUAUCUCACCCGGCGGCGACGCAUCGAAAUUGCUCAUACGCUAGUGUUAUCGGAACGUCAAAUUAAAAUAUGGUUUCAAAAUCGACGCAUGAAAUACAAAAAGGAUAAUAAAUUACCGAACACAAAAAAUGUACGCAAGAAAACUGGUAACGAUGGUGGAUCGGCCACGGCAAAUACGAAAAAACCAAAGCGAAUGACCAAAUCAAACAAGCAAUCACAACAGCAGCAGCAGCAGCAGCAACAACAUCAAGCCCCAGUUCAAUCCGAUUGCGUGCGUUCGGAUAGUUUAGAAAGUAUGGCCGACAUGACAUCAUUAGGUAAUAUGCCAUAUAUACCAGCUGCGUCUGAUGUGGCCGAUAUGAUGGCGCAAGGUCCACCACAGCAGCAGCAGCAGCAGCAGCAAUCACAACAACAAAUGCUGAAUCAUCAAACGAAUACCAAUGGCAAUUUAAUGGGUCUAUCGAUGGAUGCAAUGCAUCCGUCACAGCAAUCACCGCCAAAUCACUCACAUCAACAGACCAUCAAUAUUAAACCUGACUAUGGUCUAACGGCAUUGUAGGAUUCGGACGAUGGAAUGCAUGCACUUUUUGAUUUUAACGAUACAAUGUUCAAGUGACAUUUAGAUAAAAUAAAAAAACGAUACAAAUUUAAAUAUAACUUGUGAAUUUCUAAGCCGCAAAAUGUAAAUUCAUCUUGAGAGAAAUGAUAAGGAAGAUAGCAUUUAGUCAUAAUUUUAAUGCAUUUUUUUAGGAUUUAAAUUUUUUGGUUUUAUUUUUUUUCCUUUUGAGUCCCGGUGAAUUCUUCUUUCUGAACGGAAUGGAAUUUACAUGACACAUAUUCGGAUGAUACAGAGACUAGGCUUAUUCGUAGAAUUAUUUGCAGCACAUUUUGCCAUUUUUGUACAAAAAAAAUAUAUCGUUUUUUCCUUCUUUUUAACUAUAGCACACUCUCGCAUUGCAUUGAUUCCAUUGUAAAAAUAAAAUAAUAAUCGUUGUAAUUAGAUCGCAUGCCGUGGCUGGUGCAUUCAUUUUCCAAAGAUGUCCAAUUUUUUCUUUUGUAUAAAUUUGAGGCGAUUCAUUUUUAUGUUUAGAUAAUUUUAAUUAUUAUUAGAUUAUCAUUUGAUGUUAUGCAAUUUAAGUUUAGUUUAAACAUUAUUCAAACUCUCUCAUUAUCUCUCUAAUGGCGAUUUUCUUCAAAAUACAAAAGCCGAGCAUCGGCAUAAUUUUUAGUUGAUUUUAUACAUAAACAUGGAUAGAAAAAAAAUUAAGGAAAUUUUAAUGUACACAAUAAGAUUCUUUGAACCUGAAUUGUGUUCAACAUUUCAUGAUGGAAUAUGUGUCUAAGUUUUUCUCACUGGAGAUGAUAGCAUUAGUAUAUUUAGUGUAUAGACAUUGAAAUAAGAGGAUAACAAAAGAAAUCACCUACAAACAUAAAAAUGUACAUUUAAUUGUGACACUUUACCGCUAUGUAUUAUUGAUAAAUGUAAAUAAGUUUCUGAAUAAACAUGAGACUACAUUGAAAUCGAA